AUGGAAAAAUCGAUUGCCAAAGGUCUAAGUGACAAGCUUUAUGAAAAACGAAAGGCUGCCGCCUUGGAGUUAGAAAAGCUGGUCAAACAGUGCGUCCUAGAGGGAGAUUACGAUCGCAUAGACAAGAUAAUAGAUGAAUUAUGUCGGGACUAUGCGUAUGCAUUACAUCAGCCCAUGGCUAGAAAUGCAGGACUAAUGGGGCUGGCUGCCACGGCAAUUGCUUUGGGUAUAAACGAUGUUGGUCGCUACUUGAGAAAUAUCCUUCCUCCAGUACUGGCAUGUUUCGGUGAUCAGAAUGAUCAAGUGAGGUUCUAUGCAUGUGAAAGUUUAUAUAACAUUGCAAAGAUCGCCAAAGGUGAAAUCCUCGUAUAUUUCAAUGAAAUAUUUGACGUGCUUUGUAAAAUUAGUGCUGACACAGAAAACUCAGUCCGGGGAGCAGCUGAGCUACUAGAUCGUUUGAUCAAAGAUAUUGUUGCAGAAAGAGCAUCUAAUUACAUAAGUAUUGUGAAUAAUGGUACACACGGUUUGCUUCCGGCCAUAAAAACAGAUCCAAUUAGCGGCGAUACCUAUCAACAAGAAUACGAACAAGAUAAUCAACUGGCCUUCUCUUUACCGAAAUUCAUUCCCUUACUAACCGAGAGAAUCUACGCCAUCAAUCCUGAUACCCGUGUUUUCUUAGUCGACUGGCUUAAAGUCCUGCUCAAUACUCCGGGUUUAGAGCUUAUAUCAUAUCUGCCAUCAUUUCUUGGGGGGUUGUUUACAUUUUUAGGUGAUUCUCACAAAGAUGUAAGAACAGUUACACAUACACUUAUGGAUUCGCUACUUCAUGAAGUUGACCGCAUAUCAAAAUUGCAAACUGAGAUUAAAAUGAAGAGACUGGAAAGACUGAAAAUAUUAGAAGAUAAAUACAACAACAGCUCAACUCCAACCAAAAAAGCUGACGGUGCACUUAUUGCCGAAAAGAAGAAAACUUUAAUGACAGCAUUGGGCGGGCUAUCUAACCCUGCAAGUAUAGAAACUAACGAUACCAAGUUAUCAAAUACUAAUGAAGCAAGUGAUGAAAGACAUUUGAGCAGUCAAGAGCAGCUGCUGGAUAGCGAGGCAACUAGCCAAGAACCACUUCGUGACGGUGAAGAAUACAUACCUGGCCAGGACAUCAACCUGAAUUUCCCCGAAGUCAUUACUAUUUUGGUAAACAAUUUAGCAUCAUCGGAAGCGGAAAUUCAAUUGAUUGCAUUACACUGGAUACAGGUUAUUUUAUCCAUCUCCCCGAGCGUUUUUAUUCCUUUUCUCUCAAAGAUUCUUUCUGUUCUUUUGAAGUUAUUAAGCGACUCAGAUCCACACAUCACGGAAAUUGCUCAGCUUGUCAACGGUCAGUUACUAUCAUUAUGUAGCUCUUACGUGAACAAAGAAACUGACGGUAAAAUCGCAUAUGGUCCGAUCGUUAAUAGUUUGACACUACAAUUUUUCGAUAGUAGGAUUGAUGCCAAGAUUGCUUGCUUGGACUGGCUCAUUUUAAUUUAUCACAAGGCCCCAAACCAAAUUUUGAAACAUAACGACAGCAUGUUUUUAACUCUAUUGAAAUCACUAUCCAAUAGAGAUUCUGUGUUAAUAGAGAAAGCUUUAAGUCUUCUGCAGAGUUUAUGUUCGGACUCUAACGAUAAUUAUUUACGUCAGUUUCUCCAGGACUUAUUAACUUUAUUCAAGAGGGAUACCAAACUGGUAAAAACCAGAGCAAAUUUUAUCAUGAGACAAAUAUCUUCUCGUUUAUCACCUGAACGUAUUUAUAAAGUGAUUUCUUCAAUAUUGGAUAAUUACAGUGAUAUAACCUUCGUGAAAAUGAUGAUUCAGAUUCUAAGCACAAACUUGAUAACGUCGCCGGAAAUGUCAUCUCUGAGAAACAAGCUUAGAACUUGCGAGGAAGGCAUGUUUUUCAAUAGCUUAUUCAAAUCCUGGUGCCCCAACCCCGUGUCAGUGAUAUCCUUAUGUUUUGUAGCAGAAAAUUAUGAGUUAGCUUACUCAGUGCUACAAACGUAUGCAAAUUACGAAUUAAAGUUAAAUGAUUUAGUGCAGUUAGAUAUCUUGAUUCAGUUGUUCGAGUCCCCCGUGUUCACAAGAAUGCGUUUGCAACUUUUAGAACAACAAAAGCACCCAUUUUUGCAUAAGUGCUUAUUUGGUAUACUAAUGAUUAUACCGCAGUCAAAGGCAUUUGAGACAUUAAAUCGAAGAUUGAAUAGUUUAAACAUAUGGACAUCUCAAUCUUACGUCAUGAACAACUAUACAAGACAAAGAGAAAACAGUAGCUUUUGCGAUACCAAUUCAGAUAUCUCACAAAGGUCCGUAAGCCAAAGUAAACUGCACUUCCAAGAGUUAAUAAACCAUUUCAAGGCCGUUUCUGAGGAUGAUGAAUAUUCCUCAGAUAUGGUAAGACUUGAUCAUGGUGCCAACAAAUCACUUCUACUGAGAAGUUUCCUUGACGGUACCGAGGAAGAUAAACAGGAAAUUGUCAUACCAAUCUCACCAAUAAAUGAGGCUAUUAACGAGGAAAUGGAGUCUCCCAACGACAGUAGUUCAGUCAUAUUAAAGGAGCCUAGUAGUCUGCCGUUUAAUCCAAAUAUGUCCGAGAAAUCAAAAAAAUGA